AAAUAUAUUUUAGGCUAUAGCUAUUUAUGCUGUUUAGCAUUAUGCCAUUGAAUACAAUUCCUGAUAAUAGCCUACUGAAUGUUUAAAAAUCCACCUGAACAUGAAAAAAAUAGGCUACCUGUAGACUAUUAUACCCCCAUAAGAUACUUUCAGAGUCUUUCUACUUAUUUGUUUCAUAGGUGUGGCUGUUGUUUCAUUUCAGCUAUCAAAUGACCAGCGUUUUAUCCAAUCUACGGUUACCACGGUAAAUCUCGGAAAGGGCAAUAAGCGCAAAGCACGCGUGGCUCGGGGCGGGUGGCUCGCGGGUCCAUCACAGAGCAGUUACCCAAAUGACUUUCCGGUCAGAAACAGAUUCGUCACUCAUCUUUACUCCCUAUCUCAACACGCACACACUCAACCGGUACAUCUGAUUCUUUUGUGAAGGUUGGCUGUGUGGUAUUGCGUGUUUCGUGCCUUCACUGCUCGGUGUUUCAGCACCGCGCCUGGAUGGAAAUGUGUCUUCCGGGGAAAAGCUGCUUUCACUCUACGAGACUGCAAGCACAUCGCGCCGCACAUCCUGGACAUCUGCAACUUUCAACAGAAGCGAGUGCCUUUCUGAGAUCGCAAGCGGUUUGAGACGCAGAUCUAUGGCCAGACCUAUGCGUCCCAGAGGAGAGAAGAGCCGUGGAAAAUCUGACAGAGGCCCGUGAGAGCUCAAACCCCUAAUUUUGCUAUUUCAUUCUGAUCCCAGUGCCGUCAUUCAUGGAUGAGCACGCAGAGGCGGGUCCGUUGCACGUGCAGACGGUGGAUGAACCACCGGGAGGCGCCACCGUUACCGUCGCCGCCGCAGAGUAUCAGGUCAAAACGGUGCUGAAGAGCGAUAGCGAGCUCAGCGAGGAUGACCUGCAGUCGGGCCCCGGAGCUCAAACACCGACAGCGGGUGAUCCGAUCACGGAGAUCGAGAGCGAGGGGGGCGCGCGGCCAGGGACGCACACACCGGCCGAGGACAUCGUCGGGCAGAGCGCAAGGAAAACGGAAACGGUGGGCUCCAGUUGCAGCAACGAGAGCUGCAUCCCGACUCCAGGCUGUCGGAUCUGCUUUCAAGGAGCCGAGCAGGGGGAGCUGCUGAGCCCGUGUCGCUGUGCCGGAUCUGUCCGACAUGCUCAUCAGCAGUGUCUGCUCAAGUGGAUCAGUGAGAAGGGCUCCUGGAGCUGUGAACUCUGCAACUAUAGAUUCAACAUCCUGCCUAUACAUAUCAAACCACCACAACAGUGGCAGACUGUCACCAUGACUCUGGUGGAGAAGGUUCAGGUUAUUGCAGUGUUGCUGGGCGGCAUCUUCCUGUUGGCCAGUGUAUCAUGGCUGCUGUGGUCAGCACUGAGCCCAGAGGCACUAUGGCAACGCAGUGACAUCCUGUUCCAGAUCUGUUACGGCAUGUAUGCAGUCAUGGACCUUGUGUGUAUCGGUCUGAUUGUUCAUGAAGGUGGUGCUGUGUACAAUGUGCUGUUGCGCUGGCGAGCUGUUAAUCUCUUCUGGGAUGUCCAGAAUUAUGAUAAAAGCCGAGACCUGGAGAACACACACAGCCUGCACCAUAACCUGUGGCUGCCUCUCACACACACACAUACAGUCUCCAACACACACUCACAAACCACCCGACUGGAGUCAUCUCCUCGAUGCCCCCUUCGCUUCCUCUCCAUGUGCCUGAACGUGACCUCUGACCUCUCCCCGCAGGAGCAAGGCGUUAGGGUCACAUCAGUUUAACACCAAAUUAAACUCAUUCAGGGACCAAUCGAACAUCCUUUGUGGGAGUGGCUAACUAGUGGGAGGAGCCUAAAUGUUGGGAGGGGCCUUACUAGAAAAGCACUUUAGAAGAUACGCAAACUGAAUUAAAUACAGAAUGAUGUUGUAUUGCAAACUGCACAGAUGUUUCCAGCCUGAAGUUCUGGAUCAGCCUUUGAGCAUCAAAGUAAGACUGCAAAGUUCUCCAUACACAGACUUAUAAUGCACACAAAAUGUAUUACUGCUGUUAGACGAAUGAAUGUUUGUUUUAAACCAACUGUUUUUAUGUUCAGGUUUAUAAUAAUUUUAGUACUUAUAAACUAAAGCUUAUCACCGCUUCGGUUCAUUAUGCUUCACCUACCAUAAUGUACAGGUACCACAGUUACAGGCUUUUUCACAUUUAGACGCGUUUCCACUAUCUCAUACUCAGACAUAUGUGUGCAAUCGUUACAUUUUGCCCUUGUGGCAGCUGCAUGGUAUUUUCAAAUUGGUUAUGAAGCAGCUGUUACCCUUUUCUUAUUCAGCAUGGUAAAAAUAAAUAAAUGAAUGAAUGCAUAUCCACUCAAAAAAAAUGAGCGCCGAUAAUGACAAUGUGGCUGAAAAUAUUGAAUUCACAAGUAGUUUAGAAAAUUUACAAAGGGGUAGCAAAAGUAAUAGAGAAAAUGAUUAAAAUAUAUAUAUAUAUAUAUAUAUAUAUAUAUAUUACUAAUGAUUUAGGUUUAUGCAUCUAAGCAGACACUUUUAUCCCAAGAGACUUACAAUGCACAAGAGCAUAAGCAAUUUGUCAUAGAGCCAAAAAUAUUGACAUAUCAUGGCAGGUUUAUUAUAAAAGGAAACAAGCUAAAGCAGAGGAAAUACUAUAGAAACCUGUUUCCGUGAUGGAAUAAAAAAUAAAAAUGGUAAUCGCGACUUUUUGUCUCACAGUUCAGAACUGCGAGACAAACCCCGAAUUCAAAUUAGAAUUAAAACAAUUUAAAGGUAUUUCAACAUGUCACAAUUCUGAUAUUCUCAAGUUACAAAUUUACAUCUCCCAGUUCAGACUUUUGUUCUCAGAAUUGCGAUUUAUUACAAUUCUCAGUUUAUAUUUUGCAAUUCUGCAAAAAAAAAAAAAAAAAAA